AUGUUUCACACAAGCGUUUCGGGUGCAUUAUUUAAGAAACAUCGUAUCUCUAACAAUAACAAAAACCAGCGAAAAUCAAUUUCCGAUUAUCCCAGAACUUCUAUUGGGUCUACAAACGACUGGCGGGUGAAAGGGUCAUUUGCUUCUACCAACGACAGGCGUUUGACGAUCAACGUGAGUGGAAUUAAGUUCCAAACGUGGCAAAGUACACUGUUGCGCUUUCCUGACUCUCUGUUAGGAAGCAUCGAUACGAUGCAGCAAUUCUACGACGCGCGACGGAAGGAGUAUUUUCUUGAUCGAGACCCAUAUCUGUUCAAGUUUGUACUGAAUUACUACCGUUAUGGCAAGCUUCAUUGCUCGCAAGAAGACUGUCCCGCGGCUUUCGAGGAGGAAUUGCAAUUUUACGGGUUUUCAAUUUACGAUGUAAACAAUUGCUGCUGGGAUCAUUGCAGUCCAAAAGAGAAAGGUGUUCUCGUCGAAGGCGACAAUGACGAACUUAAGGGAGAAUAUUUAAAUUGCAACGGCAAUUUAUGCGACUUACAUUGCGAACCAAAACUCACUCUUAAGCAGAAGAUUUGGCGAACCAUAGGCCCUUCGAAGACGACUAAUACUGGAGUGAUAUUCCACAUAAUUUACGGGUUUUUCAUAUUUGUAAGUGUUUUAAUAGCUUCAUUGGAGACACUGCGUUGCGGGGAAACAUCGACGUGCGGAGAGGAACACCACCAAAUAUUCUUCACCAUUGAGUCAAUAUGUGUCAUCAUUUUCACAGCUGAGCUCUUGAUUAGGUUCUACGUUUGUCCGCAAAAGAAGAAAUUUAUGUUAGACGCAAUGAACGUAAUCGAUUUAUUAGCAAUAGUUCCUUACUAUUUAACUCUGGUAGUGGAAAGUUUUGGUGGGGAGACAAGUUUUCUGCAGAUACUUAAGGUGUUAAGAGUGAUUCGUAUUCUGAAACUCACCCGGAACUCUCGAAGACUUCGGUGCCUUUUGUUGACUUUACGGCGAUGUGCUGUCGACAUCGUCUUCCUCUACUGCAUCUGUUUCUUGGCGAUAAUCUUAUUUGGAACAGCGAUUUAUUAUUUAGAACUCGCGGAGGGGGAUCCGCAGUUUUCAAGUAUUCCAGAAUCAUUUUGGUACAUCUGUGUCACUCUCAUGACUGUGGGGUAAGGAUCAUUUGUAUAUAUAAUUUUUUUGCGAUCGAAGUAUCGCAAUUUAUGUUUAAAUGUAAAAUUUGUGUUAGUUAUUCUUAUUACUGUAAAGAGCUUUUAUUAUCACCAGAGGAUUACUCUCACUCUCGUUAAAUCAAAAUUUCAAAAUUUUUCUACCUUACAAUUCUGAACAAAAAUUGACGCAAACCAUGAACGGUUUUUAAAUUUGGAUCCUCAAGUAUUGGGACCAAAGCUGUGACAAUUUAAAGAGAUCCAUCGAUCGCAUUUAGCUUUCUCUCGAUCUUGAAAAAAAUCACACCUAGAAGUAAGGUAUUUGGGCGGUUUCUUGCCGUUUCGAUUAAUUAUGCGUGGGUACGUAAAUUGAAAAACCAAUUUGUGGUUUUUUGGUCCGCUUAUUCCAGAAUAACAUGAAAGCGAUACAAAAUUGAUCUAACACUCAACUUUUUAAUUUUCUUACGGUAAAAAAUGAAGGGAAAGUUUGUCAAUAACUAUGAAUAUACUCGAAGCUAGAGAUUUCAAUUAGUAUUAAGUGUCUUUUGUGUACGCAAAUCGCCCUAAAAUCCAUAGCACUUCUCGAGGUUUAUUGAACUUUACAAUAAAAUAAGCCUUGCUGAGAACGAUAUUUUCAAAAUUGCAAUUGAGUGUCUCCAGCUGCUAGGCAAAGUAUUAUUUGUAUUAAAAGCUCUUUGUAUAAGAACUAAAACCUUGCGGUAUUUGCUGACAAUUUCAAGGACUCAAGCGAGAAAAGACAAUGCCUUUAAUUUUCACCGUCAACCGACUUAAAAAGAUACUUUGUAUUGCCAGCUUUCAGCCGGCUCAAUGGCUAAUUUAGCUCCAGGGUUAAAUGGACUCCACACUGACUCUUGAAUUCUAGCGUUGUGUGAAAACAGUCCGUAGGGCCAGUAGCUAACUUCGUCGCAAAAUGAAGAAUUACAUCAUUACAGGCAAAGAGGUGAAAGGGAUGAACAGGAAAACGAAACGAUCUCACAAAGGCAAAAAAGGGAAAGAUUAAUCGGCGACUCUAGGAAAAGAAAUUAAAAACUGAAAAAACUAAAUUGAGAGUAAAACACAGUGAAGAUCUAGAGUUAGAUUGCUGGAUAUCUAAUUCUCAUUAGAGCGUCGAAUUUGUUUCAGUGCAAAUAUCCUGAGGGAACCUUCGAACUAAUCUUAAAUCAUAUGCAUUUUCAUUCUACAUAAAUACCGCUCAAACACGUAGAAAUCAAUGCUUUAAUGACUGCGAUAACUAAUUUUCACACGCAAAAAUCAUACGCAGAAUUCAAUACUCAGGUUACCACGAUAACUAAUUUUCAUUGGUUAAGAUCGACUGUUUAUUUGGAUCCAACAUAAUGACCAGCUCUCAGUUGGCUUAUUAGCUCAGUUGGUAGAACGCUCACCGGUGUCGCAGAGGUUAUGAGUUUAAAUCCGGUACGGGCCUGAAUUUUUUUUCAGGCCUUAUUUCAACUACUAGUUUAGUAGUGUUCAUAACUGCGAGGAUCGCUUUUUUAUUCGUAUCAACUGUAUAUACUUAACGUAGCUGCAACGUAAAUAUGUUUCUCGUUAGCUAGAAAUUGCUCUGUGUCGUAAUCAAUCGAGUGAUUCAAUCGUUCUAAUAUAUAUGUUGUAUUAUGUUUAUCACCGUGUAGUUACGGGGACGUCGUGCCGUCAUCGAUUCUUGGUAAGAUAGUUGGUUCCAUUUGCUGUGUUUCUGGAGUAGUUUUACUUGCGUUGCCGAUUCCAAUCCUGCAAGAAAAACAAGUACCAUGCACGUUGGAAUCUGUGACAGCAAGAAGGAAGCGGAGGCCUGGUGAAAAGACAAAUGUGGAGUGCGCAACCUGUUUGGAGGAAAAGCGCUGUUCACUAAGGGAGAUCUUUAAAGGUGAAACGAAUGGAGAUAACUCGAACCUCAUGGGAAAUAACAUUGGACAUUAAAUCAUUAGGCAUGAUGUUUUCAAAUCCCUUUCAGUCUCAAUAAUGCUUUUUCUCAACGAAAAUUAGCCCAUUUCACGAUUCGAUCUUGUUGCACCAUUCAGUGACAUUCGCAUUGCGAGGUUCAGAGCCAAACUUUAGACCGCCAAGAAAUCAAUUUAAAGUGGACCAAUUAUUUCUUCAAAUUAUUUCGAUGCGUAACAACUUGAUUGAUAGAGUACUUCAGAAUGCAAUGAAGUAGCUUCGCCCUCUCAAUUAAUCAGACGAAAUACUUUUCUUUGCUGUGAUUGGGCGUUGCGAUUAGAACCACACCCAAUCGAAAAGUGCGUUAUUGUGAAAAACAAAAAACAAAAAAAAAAACCCUCAGCCCCCA